UGUGCACUAGGCAUUCGCAAUUAAAAGCGCAGAAAAAACACCUUAUUCCUCCUCCCCAAAGUCCCAAACUUCUCCCGCCCCACCCCUUCCAUUCUCAUCCCACCCAAUAGAUCUGCCCUUCCUUCUCCCUGGCUUAUUCACGAAACAUACACUCAGAAAUCCCUUACCCCUCAUCCCCUCCUUCUCGCAGAAGGAAAACUAUCCUUGUGUUGUUCUCCAUUUCACUGGACUCAAAAUCCUAAGGAAUUUUUAGUUUCUAUUUUCGCGUGCUUUGCUGAAGUGUGAAACUGUGAAAAGAACUUUUUUUUUAAUUGGUGUCAAUGGCCAGUCUUCUUCGGAACCUUUCAUCUUUCAGGCGCUCUCUUAUUUUAAAGCCACUGGGCUUCAGGAACCGCCUAGUGGGGGCCUCUACUCAGAGAUGCCACUUUGCUUCUAAAAGUAGAAAGAAAUCAAGUUCAGAAGAGAGUGAGUCAGGAGAAGAGAAUUUGUCCAAGAAAGACUUGGCUUUGAGACAAGCUCUGGAUCAAAUCACUAAGUCAUUUGGGAAGGGAUCCAUAAUGUGGCUUGGCCGUUCUGUCUGCCACAAGCAGGUUCCUGUGGUAUCAACAGGUUCUUUUUCGUUGGAUAUUGCUUUAGGAGUUGGAGGACUUCCAAAGGGACGUGUAGUAGAGAUAUAUGGUCCAGAGGCAUCGGGGAAAACAACUCUUGCUUUGCAUAUCAUCGCAGAGGCACAAAAACAAGGAGGCUAUUGUUGUUUUGUGGAUGCUGAGCAUGCUCUAGAUCCGACAUUGGCAGAAGCUAUUGGGGUAAACACAGAGAAUUUGCUUCUUUCUCAACCAGAUUGUGGUGAGCAGGCGCUUAGCCUUGUGGAUACUCUGGUCAGGAGUGGUUCAGUUGAUGUUGUUGUUGUAGACAGUGUUGCUGCCCUUGUGCCAAAAAGUGAACUUGAAGGUGAGAUGGGAGAUCCCCACAUGGCAAUGCAGGCUAGGCUAAUGAGUCAAGCACUGCGCAAAAUAAGUCAUUCGUUAUCUUUGUCACAUACUAUUCUGAUCUUUAUCAAUCAGGUGAGGGCAAAACUGUCAACUUUCGGUGGAUUUGGAGGGCCUCAAGAGGUUACUUGUGGCGGUAAUGCUCUAAAGUUCUAUGCUUCAGUGCGUCUAAAUAUCAGGAGAGUUGGGAGCGUCUUAAAGGGGGAAGAGACAUAUUUCUCUCAUACAGAAUAUAGGAAGCCAAGUUGUUGUGAAAGUCGUGAAGAACAAGCUUGCUCCUCCAUUUAGAACGGCAGAAUUUGAAAUUGUGUUCGGUAAAGGAAUAUGUCGUGAAUCGGAGCUUGUAGCAUUAGGUCUAAAGCACAAAUUCAUUUCAAAGAUGGGAAGUGCAUAUUAUGGUAUGAACAAUCAGACCUAUCAUGGCAAAGAAUCUCUCAAGCAGCAUCUUGCUGAUGACGUUGCUGCACGAGAAGAUCUUAUUACAAAAUUAAGGGAAAAGCUCAUUAAUGACGGCAACAAUAAAGAUACAACAGAGAAGACUGUAAAUGGUAACCCCAUUGUAGAAGAGGUUGUUUCCGGUGACACUACUGAUGAUGAAGGAUCCACAAUUGCCGCUGAGGUGUGAAAGAUGUGUUGGGCAAUUAAGUUUUGAUAGGUUAGAUUCUAUCUGUGUAUACAUAUUGUUCUCUAACCCUCAAUUUUGUUACAUGAUCUACAUUGCAAAUACAUGCUCAAUUGACACUUAUUUUUUGUAUCCAGUAUAUUUUGUACUGACAAUUCUGCCAAU